CCGCUGGACCGUCACAUGGAGUGGGGACGGGGCGGCCGCUGAGCCCAGCCCGGAGAUCGGCCCGAGCCAUGGCUCCCACCCACAAAGGGAAGAGGAAACGGUCAGAGGGGGGUGACCCCCCAGAUGCUCCCGACCAGCCUGCAGCGUCUCCGAAGCCGGACAGCGAGGAGGGCCAGAGCCCAGCAGAGCCAGCGGAGUCCCCUGAGCCAAGCGGGGAGCGAGAGGAAGAGCAAGCGUUCCUUGUCAGCCUCUACAAGUUCAUGAAGGAUCGCCACACGCCCAUCGAGAGGGUACCCCAUCUCGGCUUCAAGCAGAUCAAUCUGUGGAAGAUCUACAAGGCAGUAGAGAAGCUCGGCGCUUAUGAGUUGGUGACUGGACGUCGUCUCUGGAAGAACGUGUAUGACGAGCUGGGGGGCAGCCCCGGCAGCACCAGUGCUGCCACUUGCACCCGCAGGCACUAUGAAAGGCUGGUCCUCCCCUACGUGAGGUUCCUGAAGGGAGAAGACGAUAAGCCGCUGCCCCCGGCCAAGCCCCGGAAACAGUACAAGGUCUCCAAAGAGCCCAAGGGGGACGAGGCUGGGGACAAGCAACGGAGAGCAUCCAGGAAGGAGCGGGGCGGGGACCAGAUGGUGCCUGAGAAACCCCAAGCGGAGGCCUCGCCGGGGCCAGUGGGAGGCCAGGGCGAGGAGUUGAGCGGGGAGGGCCCGGCCCACCGGCCCCAGGCCGCGCCCUGUCCCGCCGCCUGCCCGGCCGAGGCCUACACGCGCCUUCUCUCCAGCUUCUACUGCCGAGGGACCCACGGCAUCAUGUCCCCGCUGGCCAAAAAGAAGCUGCUGGCCCAGGUGAGCAAGGCAGAAGCCCUGCAGUGCCGGGAUGGGGCCUGCCAGCAUGGGCCGGGCGGCUCCACCGACCCCGGGCCCGGCCCACUCUUGCAGGGUCGGCAGAGCCCCGGCCUGGGGCCAGCCCGGACCCGGGGGUCUCCGGCCCCCACCCGGCGGCUGGGCCCGGGCGCCCCGGCCCUGCAGGCGGCCCCCAGCCCUGGGGCGGGAGCCCCGGCCCUGGAAGAGGAAGACGUGGAGGAAGACAUGGAGGAGGAGGAGGAGGUGGAGGAAGAGGACGGAGGCCCGGCCCGCCUGCGGCCUCCGGGAGCCCCGGUCUUCACGGGCUGCUUCCACACGUGCCGCCCCGAGGUGCUGAAACCGCUCAGCCGCCACCCCCGGGACUAUCUUCCCGGCUUCCAGGACUCCUCGGCCACAGCCUUCGGGUUUCUUGGGAAGGAGGCGGAGAAGCCCGCCGGGCCCCCGCGGCUGACCUGGGGAGGGGAGCGGGGACGUUCCUCCGCUUUCCAGCAGGGAGGGUCCGGCCGGAGUGGCCCCUACCCCCGGCCCAAGGCCUGCUGGGUGCCCCCCAUGGCCCAGGCUGCGCCCAAGGGCCCCGCCAAGCCGCCCUCCUUUCCCGGCGGCGCGGGCCUCGAGGCCGGCCUCCGCGGCAAGCGGAGCCUGGAGGAAGGCGGCCUGGCCCAGGGCAAGAAGCUGCGGGCUGUGUCCCCCUUCUUCAAGGAUGGGGGUGACCCCUCCCAGGACGCAGGCGCUAAGCAGGCCGGGCCCCACCUGCUGGGCCCGCCCCUCGGGCCCCAGGCCCCAGACGGCUACAGAGGCACCAUGCUGCGCUUCCCCCUGAACUUUGCCAGCCACUCCGACCCCGGCAAGGGCCCGGCCGGCCUGCCCUUCGGCCCCCUGGUCAUCCCGGCCAUCCCCGCCCACCUUCUGGCCACCUCGGCCACCGCCCCGCCUGGCCCGGCGGGCCUCGUGCCCCUGUCUCCCCCGACCUUGGACGGCGGCCUUCGCCACAGACUGUACCCUGUCUCCGCCUGGCACGUGCAGCCCGCCUUCGCCACCCCACCCCUCCGCGCCUUCCACCUUAACACAAAGCUGUAGACAGCGGGCUCCCCCGGCCAGCUGGACUGCGGGACCCCUGGGUCCCAGCCCCGCUGGACCUCGAGGCUUCUCGGGCCGGAGCAGGCAGCGGAGGGCGGAGUGGCCCGGGGCAUGGAGAGAGUGCCGGAGUUUGUGUGGCAGCGCCUGCCUGGCUCUGGGCCGCCAAGUUCCUGGGUUCCUUGGGCGUCCGGUACCGGAGCCGCCGUUGACCUGGCUGAGGAUCCAUGUGGCGUGGCCAAGCUGUGUCCGGAUCUUUGAAAGAAUAAAACCCACCGAUGUGAA